AUGGCUGAAAUAGAACAUGCAGUUGUGUAUAGUCAUUGUGAUGCACAUAUGAUAAGAAACUUACUUCAACCAAAAUUUCCUGAUCAAUUGUUUCUUACACAAGAUCUCUCUAAUGCAAUUCAGAAAAUUAAACGUGACAAAAAGGCUUUUUUAAAUGAUGAGACACAAGAAAGUUAUGAGUGGGUCUUGCAGCAAACACUGGAUGCAACUAGUUCUGAGCCAAAUGUUUUUAUUACUGAUAUGGAUUCUGCAAUGAAUGCUGCAUUUUCUUCUAGUUCAAGUAUGAUUGAUGUAAUUGAGGCUAUUGAUUUUUGGAUGCAAAAAGAAGCCCUGAAUGCGAGUUUUAUAACAUGGAAAUAUAAGUCAUUAAUAUAUCAUCAACCGUUUAUUAUAGAAAAACUUUUUAGUAACAUUGAGGAAUUAAUUCAAAAGCAUUUAUCAUGUCGAAUUAUUGAAGAGCUUAAAAAUCAAAUUAAACUUAUAGGUAAUUUCAAAAAGGCUCUAAACUAUUUGAUGGAGGAUAAUGAUCAAAAGAAUUUGAAUGAACUUAUUUUGUCUUAUAUUGCAAGAAAGGAAAAAAAGUGGAAAGUUGAAGCUCAAUCGGUAAUUAUUAAAGGUCAGGCAUUAAAUAACAAUAAUAUUGUAAGACUAGUUGAUAGUCGCAUAUAUGAUGCAGAUAAUAUUCAAGAUCCAAUUGCACAUCAGGGUAAAGCUUUUACUGAAGAAAAUAAUAAAACAUCUACUAGCAAUACAAAACACACAAAUAGCAGUAAUAGAGAGAAAGGAAUUGAAGUAUCAAGUAUACAUAGAUGUCAUUUGUGUCAUGAAACAGAACAUUAUGCUCCUAAGUGUCCUAAUCAGGAAAAUUAG